AUGGCGUCGUUCGCUACGCGGUGCAAUUCACUGAGGGAGAGCUUUGCAGUGCUGAUGGUGUUGGCUUCAUUCUCUCUUCCGACCUUCCAUGCACCAAGAACAUCCAGAAGAUUGUGUCUGUGUUCGCCAACCGCACCGGCCGCAUUUGUGUGCGAGUGCACGAGGAUGUGA